UAAAUAGAAAGAGGGUGUGGCGUAUGACGCAAACACUUUUGUUUAACAAUAGAACACGCGUGGUGAGUCAAGUUAAGUGGAACACAGUGCACACCUUACAAGAAGAGCUGCCUGUUGAGAGUUAAAGCAGUUGUAUCGCGAUUGUGGUUACUUAACGUUAGUAGGUACUAUAUUGUACCAGCGUACGACUAUUGUGAUUUACUAUUAAUAACGUUUCAAAUCGUGAAGUAAACCUUCUUGUUCUAUAGCCGCCAUGUCUCACUCCGUCGUGAUCACCAGGACAACCACCACGUCGAGCGGCACGGCCGUCUUCCUCAACACCGGCUACAUGUCCAGCUUGGGCGGAAUCCUCAAGUUCUUCCAGACCGUUCUGGGUGCAGUGUGCACUGGCCUCGUGGGCUACUAUGUGGACAGGGACGCCUACGGCAUCGUGUUCAUCCCACGGAUCUUCUUCCUGCUCAUGGCCGUGACUUUCCUCAUUACUACGUUCUGCAUCCUGCUCUCCAGCUUACUGUCCAUAUCCUCGGCAUCCAUACUACCAAAGACACUCUUUGAAGUUAUCUACCACCUUCUGGGCUUUGCAUUGCUACUGGCUGCAUCGCUUACACUCCUGAUCAAAGUUGCAGAUUACAAACGCUCAUAUAUUUACGAGCCAAUACUAGCUGCAUCGAUUAUCGGCCUGGUAAACUCAGGUUUGUACCUGUUCAGUACAAUUCUUGCUUUCCGAAGCUACAGAGGGAUCGGUAUCUGAAGACUCGACAGAGUGGCAUUUGAAAUAAACAAACCUUUUGAUGCUGCCAGGAAAUUCGCAGCUACUGUUGUGUGUUUGCAUUUUCUUCCUAAAAUGAAUUUAUGAUUUUACAAUAUUUUUAUAAAAUAUGUAUUUCAUAGGAACUAUUUCAGAUUAAUGUAUUUUGAAAUUGGAAUAUUUUUUUGUAAUUUUUUAUAACAGCCUUUUUACCAGUAGGUAAAUCAUGUUUUUAAAAAUUUCUAAUGUCAUUAGAAAUUAUGGGAUGUGUGAAAAAUCCUGUUGCAGAGUUAGGUACAAGGAAUAAUGAUUGGUUACAAAAUUUUUAACACAAUAUUUUGAUGAGAUUUACUACUAAAGAAAUAUGUUAGAAAAUUUCAUCUCAUUUUGGAUGGUACGCUACAUAUAUCCUUUUAGAUCUUAUAAAAAAAAUUAAAUUUAUAACACUUUUUUUCCCCACAAGCUGAAAAAUCAGAACCUUUAAUUUGUUAACAAUUCUCUAAGGUUAAUUAAGUAUUCUGAGUAAGAUGUUUAGUUAAGUCUGAGCAGAUACAAAUGAUUGAAUUUAGCAGCUCACAGGUUGAAAGUCUGUUCAUCCCUUUUGAGAAUUUAGUGUUUUCUUUUUUCAUCAGUUCAAUUUUUUUGUCACCUUUAUUUAGAGCUUUGUGAACUCUUCUGAUUUUAGUUGAACCAGUGUGCUAAUUUUUAAUGCUUAUAUUAAUGAAGUGACUACAAGAGCAUAAAUAAUGUAUUUGAGUGUAUGAGAGAAAUUAAUUAUAACUUAUCCAUUUGGAAAGAAAAUAAAAGUUAUUAUAGAAGUAAAGUUAGCUUUGGCUAAUGAGAAUCUCAUCAAUACAUACAUGCUUCAGUGAUAUGUGUACGUAGGCAAAACAUUGGUUUUUCCUAUACUGCUAACAAUUAGUAAAAUUAAAGCUUAAGUAUGACAAAACAAAGAUAUUUCCCAGAUUUGUAACAGCUGGUUUGAAAAUUUUGUGCCAUAGACAUUUCGUACAAAGACAAAACAUGAAAAUAAGAUAAAAAUGUAUCUUUUAAAGAUUUUUUAAUGUUCAUGUUGAAAUUGCAAUGAAUGUGAAAAUCAUGCACAAAGACAGCAUAAUUUCGUAAGUGACACAAAAGCUUUUCCAGUUAUCAAAUGUUACUAAUGCAUAAUAAAUAUUCAAGUUGUAUCGUAUUAAGUGUUUGCACGAAAAUAUCAGGUUCAACGUUCUGCAUGUAACAUGUUCGUGCAUGCUGAUUGGUCAAGGCAAAGAGUCAUGAGUGUUGACAUCUUAGAUGUUGGGCCUCAAAAGUAAAAAAAAAUAGCUUCUGUGUGGUUUAGCUGACACACUUGUCUCUGUAAUCAUUAUUCGCUGUACAGUUUUAUCAUGACUAUUGUAACACAGAUGUGAUUGUCUCACGGGUGUAUGUUGGAGGUCUGUCAUUAUUUUACAGUAAACACGGAUAAAAUUUUA